GUGAGAUUCUGACAGACUCUACCAUUUCGCCAUAAUCAGUGCAAGUGAUAUUUUUUAAAGAUUUUUAACUCUCCUUGUCGUUAAUUAUUCGCGUUUAUAAUUAUUUAUAAGUAUUUUUUCAUGUAAUAAUAAUCGAAAUGUCAAAAUAUCACGCGUGAUUGUGUAUUUACUCGAACAUAUCAUCUCUCAGUGGAGUUACUCGUCCUUCAGAUAUUCGUUUCUGUUGGGUCAAGUCAGAUUGCAGUUUCAACAUAAUAUUAUGUAGAGUAGCUAUUCCUCGUAUCAAAAUCUUCAAUAUUUCGUCGAGUCUUACCAACUAAAUGAUUACCAGUUUAUCGUGAAUUCUAACUACAAACUCGAAAUAAAUCAUGAGUCGAGGUAGCGUCAACAAAAUCUACGUUCCCGACGAGCUACGUGAAAUAUUGCUCGAUUUCACCGUGAAUUAUCUACUGGAACAACCUCAGGAAGAUGUAGUCACAUACGCUUGCGAUUUUUUCAACCGAUUAAGGGAAACUCGCAAGUUGGCGGAUAUAAGAUCACCUUCUGUUGGCGAAGAAUCAGUCAUCUCUGAAGAUGAAGCUCCUAUGAAUAGAUUCAAUUCUAGACGAAAAUCUGUCUUCGCCGAAGCAUAUAAUCCCGAAGAGGACGACGAUGAUGAUAAUAAAAAAGUCGUCUUUCCUAAAUCCGACGCACAAAGACAAGCAUUAGCUGAUAGUGUCAAAGAUAUAUUACUAUUUCGUUCAUUAGACAAAGAACAAAUGAACGAAGUUAUCGACGCUAUGUUUGAAAAAAUCGCGGAAAAAGACGAUUAUAUUAUCAAACAAGGAGACGAUGGAGAUAAUUUCUAUGUCAUACAAGAAGGCGUCUACCAAGCAUUUGUGAAUACCGACGAUGGAAAGCAAUUACUAGUUCAUACGUAUAAUGGUAAAGGUAGCUUCGGCGAGUUGGCUUUGAUGUACAACAUGCCACGAGCAGCUACAAUCCAAGCAGCCACCAAAGGUUCUUUAUGGGCGAUGGAUCGUCAAACAUUUCGUCGUAUCGUAUUAAAAAGCGCUUUCAAAAAACGAAAAAUGUACGAAGCUUUGAUCGAUAACGUACCGAUGCUAAAAGCUCUACAGUCGUACGAAAGGAUGAACUUGGCCGACGCUCUAAUUCCUCGCUCUUAUAAUAACGGAGAAUGCAUAAUCAAACAAGGUGAUGCUGCCGAUGGAAUGUAUUUCAUCGAAGGUGGCACCAUUCGUAUAUGUAUUUCGGACGAAGCAAAUAAAGAAGUCGAGAUUAAGAAGAUCGAAAAAAGUGGUUAUUUUGGUGAAUUGGCUUUGGUAACACAUAAACCCAGAGCUGCCUCGGCCUAUGCACUUGGUGAUGUCAAAUUAGCUUUCUUGGAUGUAGAAGCGUUCGAAAGAUUACUGGGUCCUUGUAUGGAUAUCAUGAAACGCAACAUCGACGACUACGAGAAUCAGCUGGUGAAAAUAUUCGGAUCAACGUGUAACGUGAACGAUGUCCGAUAAACGAGCACAACUAACCAAAGUGCCAUACAAAAAAAUAACCAAUUUUAAGUAUCAUUUUUUCCGCGUUACUUUUUUUCUACUUUUGAUAUCUAAUUUUUCGUUCUUGUUUUAUUUUUGUUUUUCGUUUUCACACGCCUAGUUGCGGUUUUUGGAAUUCGGAAAAAAUUACGUAUCACGAUUACGUACGAAAAAAAAAAAAGACGAAAGAAAAAAAAACUGCUAAAGUAUUAAUUUCCGAUAAUUUUUAAUUCACUUUGGUUGAUUUUAUUUAGGUAUAGUAGUAAUUCUAGCAUGUUUUUUUUUUUCGUAAUCAGAUGUCAGAACCUACCCUAUUUUCAUUGUAAUAUGAUUCACUUCUUUUACAUAGGCAACUCGAAGUUGGGGAGGUUUUUUUUUAAUUUUAAUUUUUUUUUUAAAUUAAGAAAUCAAAAAAUUUCAAUAUCGUGUGCAAUAUUCUGUUUUAAAUUUUUAUUUUAAUUUUUGUGUUAAUUUUGUUCGUUUGUUCAUUUCGCUUCCUAUAUUUCCCCCUCCUUCAUUCUUGUUAUAUUUUGUUAAAUAUUGUCACAUUUUAAAUGGUGUACGGGUGACUUGGAAGUGAUUUGUGUUGCUUUCCGACAUGUUCCUUACGUGUGUCGACUCAAUUGCUACGAUGAGAAGGGCAAUUGUGUAGGGCAUAUCAGUUGUAAUCAAUCGUAUGUGUGCAGCAUAUGAACUGGCAGACUUUAAGGUUCGUUGUUCUCAUCUUUUAUUUUUUUUUUCUCGGUUCAAAUGGUUACCUCAUCAUAUUAAUCAAGGCGAAUACGUAUUUUUUUAACGUUUCGAUUUCUUUUUUUUUCAAUUUUAAUUCUAAAUCAAUUCAGAAGACGAAGGUAUUAUAAAAACAAAGUUAUAUUGUAAAUAUUUUAAUGACGUCUUUUGUUAACCUCGAUCGAGUUAGUGUUCAGAAUAUUUUAAAAUAGUCUGAAAAAUUUGCAGCUUGUAUAUAUAUAUUUUUUCUUCCUUUUUUGGCCUUAUUAAAAUUCAGUUUCAUUUUGGACAGAAGUAUAUCCACGUACGUCUUCUUAUAUUACGAUGUAUAAAUUUUGGCCAAUCUCUUCGAUAAGAAAAUUUAGCUUGACGAGUGGCUUAUUUUUCGAGAAAAAAUACUGAUCAGUGCUGCGCUAUUUUGAUUGAUAAAAGUGAGGUCAUUGUUUCCCUCGUUCGAGUGAAUGGCAGUGGCAUUGGUGGUUAUAUUUUUCCUUCAUUUAACGGUAUUAGAUAGUUUACUUGUUAUUUCUAGUCUUAUAUACGAUAUCGUUUAGUUGAAUAGUUUCUCGAGUGUGCGUCCGGACACGCUGUGUGAUGGUUGAUGGACGAUACACUCGUCGGUUUGUUAAUUUAGUAGAAGUCUUUUAGAUUACGAUUUUUUAUAGUUAGUUCGCGGCUCGGUUUUGUCUCGUGGAGUACGUAGAUUACGGCAUAUCAUUUUGGAUGAAAUUUGUGAUGAUUUUACGACUGUUAUUUUAGGUAUAGAAUAAACGAAGCUGAGGAUGGAAAAUAGUCGAAGGAGGAGUCGGAUUGGUUAGUCGAGUAAAAAAGCCCCUAUUUGAGAUUCGGGUUUUUAUGGUUUAUUGGUGGAGUGAGGCAGAGGUGAUGUUUUAAUGUGGUUGUGAUGAAUUUGGAUUACAUUUUGUUUCGAAUGCAUAUUUUUGAAUUCGGAUUAGGAUCAUGGAUCUUGAGUGUAGUUUUGAAAAUUAGAAGUGGGGUAGGAAAAAUUCUCGUUUGAGCCUUUCACCAUGAAAAAAAGAAUCGUUGCCUUCAGAUGAGCGAUAUUUUUAUCAAUUGAAGGAAUUUGCAAGAAUUAUUCUUUAUUCGAGACUUCAUUGUGUUGAAAAGUUGACCUAUAUUGUCCUGUCAAAGUGACCAGUACAGGCAGCAUUAAAUCGUUACUGUUGUUAAUUCAUCGUGUACAAUUUAAGCAUUAUUUUUCCGUCCUUUGUAUUUUUCAAAUACGUGUUCGAGGAAAAAUCGCACAUCCAGGGAGGGGUACUCGAUUAAUCAAUUUGCUGCUUUUUUAUUUUAUCAGUAGUAGAUGCGAUACUUCGAAGCAUCACCGUUGCAUGUAUAAAAAUGAUUCCAAAAGAUCGAGUGGUCGGUCAGAAUUUUUUUCAUUUUUUUUUCUAAUCAAUUUUUUUCUUCACUUAAUUUCUAUUGGUAAUAAAUUUUUGCAAUCGGUUCCCCUCAGUUCCCAAGUAAUGACCGGCUAAUUCUAUAAUGACGCGAAGUUUUCUUCCAAGUUUAAUCAAAAGGUUCGACGUACCUUUGACCAUUGAAGAAAUUCUUUGACGGUGAUCGGCACGUUAAUUUUGACAAUCAUUCGCGUAUUGUAAUAUUCGAUAAUCUACGAUUUGAAUUCGAAUGAGGAGUAUUUUAAAAAUUUGUACUGUUUGUUCGUACAAUAAGAACACGAAACGAAUACUUAUAUAUUUUUUAUUUCUCAUUUGCUAGAAUGAAAUAAGGUAACGGUAAUGUUUCGAGGAACCCGACCCUAUAAUAAUAAGUAUUACAAACAAACCCUUUUUACUUGUGUAUCAGUGUGUGAAAAAAAAAUGUUCCCAUGUAGCAUAUCUAUGUAAAUGUAUAAUCAUACAAAAUGUAAAGUCAUAUAAAUUUUAAAAGCUGUCGCAAUAUUUUUUACGUAAUGUACAAAAUUGUCUACGUAUAUUAUAAAAUUUUAACCUUCUAUAACGUAUAUCACUAAUUUUGUUAAUUGAAAUUUAUAUACCUACAUUCCAAUCCUCUUUGUAUCACUGUUGUGUAUUCGCUGAGGCGUUUUUUUUUUUUUUUUUUUUUUUCAUUUUGUUCUUUUUUCUGUUUUUUUCUUCUUGUUUCUUCGUGGGACCUAAUAAUUUAGCAAUUUAACGUACAAUGUAACAUAUUUACUUAAAAGUUAAAGAUUGAAAAAAAUAAUUACUAAUCCUAUAUUAACUUAUGGAUUUUAAAUUUUUUAAGGAAUAGGUACCUACAACGUAAAAUCAAAAAAAGAAAAAAAAACGUUUAAUAAUCCAUAUUACGAAUAAUAAAUCGUAGUUUGAGACUGUUAAAUUAUAUUUUUAAUGGUAUGGGUUAUUUUACCAGUAGUUGAUGUACGUACAUUAAUUUAUUGUUUCGUUUCGUUUUUAUUUCUUUUCAUUUACUUAUUCUUUUAUAUGUUGUGUGGCAGUCUCUUUAGCGUAGUUUUUAAAUAUUCUACUAUUUAGAUACCUACGUUUUUUGCUCAUCGAGUUAUACAUUCCUAAAUACGAAAAAAAUGAAUCAAAAUCUCCGCAUAAUGCAGUAUUUUUUUUAAAACUUAAUUUUCGUUUCAUUUUUAUCGAUGUUUCUACCUAUAAAUAGAAAAAUUGAAUUCAUUUUUUUUCUUUUUUUUUUUUAAAUAAAAAAAUGUGUUUUAUUAUCACUAGCUUUUAAGUAGAUGACGCACACGAUUAUCGGGGAAAAAUCAUUUAUAGAAAAGGGCUGUUAAUCUAACGCGUAUUUUACUAUGUUACGUUACGUAUGUUUUAACCGAAAUGUGUAACUUUUUAAUCAUAAAUAGAUCAUCGUGUUAACGUUCAGUCGUACCAUAGUUAAUAUUAGUAAUUUUUAAGCAGUAUUAAUUUAUUUAAUAAAUGUAUUAAUUGAUGAA